CUCCUGAGUUGCUCUCCCUCCCCUUCUCGUAAGAGCUCUCUCUCUCUCUCCCCCCACCCGCUCUCCCUCUUUAAUCCAUUAGCAGGAAGAACAGAUCACUGGCAGAUGAGAAGAGACGAGGCAGCCGAGACAGACAGAGCAGAAGAAAAAGAAGAAGAAGCAUAAAGAGAGACAGAAAAGCAAAGAGAAGACUGAACAAGAAGAGAAGAGGAAGAGAAGCAUCAUGGACGCUCUGAAGAAGGGAUUCUCUAUGGCAAAGGGUGGCGUGGUGGCUGCUGCCGAGAAAACGAAGGCUGGCGUGGAGGAAGCCGCUGCCAAGACCAAGGAGGGGGUCAUCUAUGUUGGAAACAAGACGAUGGAGGGCGUAGUGACUGGUGUUAACACAGUUGCCCAGAAGACAACCGAGCAGGCCAACGUCGUCGCCGAAACCGCGGUUGCUGGGGCCAACGAGGUCGCCCAGGCAACAGUGGAGGGGGCGGAGAACGCGGCGCUGGCGAGCGGAUUCGUCAAAAAGGAGGAGGCGGGACCAGUGUCCGAGGAGGCUAACAUCCCUGAAAAAACAGAAGAAGGUGGAGAACAGACCGAAGAGGCUGCACAGUAGACUCUCGGCGACCUGCAGUCACAUCCUGCUCCUUCAUGUCCAGUGAUGAAGACAGCAAACAUUGGCCACGCUCAACCUUCUGACCUCUGACCCUCCCCAGCCCUAAAAACAGCUUUAUCUACUGUGUGUAAUGCCCGGUUCAGACCACACCAUUUGUCUGUCUGAUAUAAUGGUCUCGAUGUCAGAUUACACAAUGAUAUAGAGGGAUAUGACAGACUGGUACCUGCUGGUACCUGACAGAUCACAGCCUCAUGUUAACGCCUUGGAGUUGCAGGGACCAGGAGAUGAGUGUGUGGUUCUGGCUGCUUGUGUUCAGAAAAGGAUAAAAAGACCGUGGACCGGUCUGUGGGUCACGCAGCGGCCUGUGUUGUCUCUCCUUCAUGUGGAACUUAAGGUAAUAAAUGUUUUAAGCUGGUAGUGAAACCGAACACUAGCUAGCUAGCCUGAUAGUCAACAUGCUAACGUUAGAUGUUUAAUGAAUAUGGUUUAGUUCAAAAAGCCAGAAUAUUGUGAACAGGAGCGCCAUCUGUUCUCUCGCUGGUCACCGUCAGCCCACCUCAUCAUAGAGGUUGAACAAAGUUCUGACAUGUUGGACUGUGAGUCGGGACAUCGUGAGGAGUCCCAGACGCAGCAUCUUGUGUCGUUUACUAUGACACAUUGUACGAGAUAGAAUGAUUAACUGUCGUGUUCGAUAUCCUGUCUGUCAUGUCGGGCUGUUAUCGGGCCUAAAUUGUGUAGUCUGACCCGGGCAUGACUUAACUUCACUAACCAAUAAAAACCCUCAUCUGUUGCCAUGGUUACCCUGCCUCCACAUCUUACUCUCCCUGAUCGUACACACACUGAUGUCUGAUCAGUUUAACGAGGUCAGAUGCUCUCAGCUGAUUGGUCGCUGUGGGACAACAACCCCCAUUGCUUCCUGUCAAUCACAAGGUUGACCCCGCCCCCUGACACACAGGUACCCGCAGCUGUUUGAAUGCAUGUUGCUUUACUGACACUAAGACACUGGAAAACAGUUUGUGCUGCUGAUAGUAACUGAGCUUCGGAGCCGAUUUUCCCCUUUUAUAAACCGAUACAAGUGAAAUAAAGACGGGUUUAAAUCCA